AUGGUGGUGGAGCCGCCGCUGCCGCCGCCGCCGCCACAGGCUCCUCCUACCCCUUCGGUCAUGUGGGGCCCCCCCUCGGGUCUCGGCGGGGGGCCGGACAAAGCCCCAGUGUGCCGGGCCCACGGCCCGCGGGACAACGGCAGUUUGUUGGGGCCGCGUGGGGCCGCCACCUCCGGAGGUGGGGGCGGGGGCGCUACCCCACCCUGGCACCGGCAGGCGCGGGCUGAUGGGGGGAUGUCGCCUAGAGCCCCCCGGCCGGUCCACAAACUCCCGUCCCCCUUCCGGCUCUGCCUGGACCUCCCUGCGGGCCCCGGGGCAAAGCACCCAACUUCUCCCGCCUCGGCUUCCAGCAGAAACGUGACGGGGCUGGACUUUGAUCGCCAACGGCUCUCUGCUCUUCAGAGUCUGCUUGGAACGUGAUAAGUGGACAGUUCUGAUGGACAUCUAUUUCAGAAGAAGGGAAGAAUGGAUAUUGUGUAGGCAACUAGCAGCAUCUUCCACACUACUACUGUAUGAAGCUAGAAGAGUCAGGUACUUUAGCCCUGGCAGCUAAAGCAGUUUGUGGACUUUAAAUCUGAAACAAAUAGUACAACAAAGCAGGUGUCUGUUGAGUAUUCAUUUGGCCAAUUCCAGUACUAGUAGUGGUAUCUAUGGAGCAGAGGUGCUAGUAAAAGCAACAGCAUCCAGUGCUAUUUGCAGCAGUCAUGUCAGUAGUGCUGUCUGAUGUCCAGUAAUAAUCAGAAAUGGCACCCCAAUCAAAGUUUCUGCAAACUCUGAUUUUGACCAUAAUUUUGAUCAGCUAGACUCCCUGAAUUCCUUCCCCAUUUUUUGAUUCUGAUUUCCAACAACUCUGUGACUCAUUCAAUAUCCUACCAAUGAAUUCCAUUUCUAUUUCGGUUAAUCAAAGAUAGUUUUUUUGUAACCAAGAAUU